CCGCUUCGGUUGCUAGAGUUCUCUCUUCUUUCCUCUCUUUCCUCUCUCAUAGACGCAUAGACGAUUCUCCUUAGACUAUCAUCAUGACGACCUCUCAUAACUCUACGCUACACGAUAACAAUAAUCAUACAGGCGCUUCGACUCGCUCGCCUUCGCCGACACCUACAGUCCACGAGGAGCCAUCAAGCCCUCGUCUCCCACCUACCCACUCUCAGGAUGCUCCUGAUCUCAGUUUCCCCUACCAAACAACCGAUUACCUCCGCGCAGGUCUCACCAAUGAAUAUCGUGAAGUCGAUCCGUCUGGCGUAGUGCCUAUGCAAGGUGCCUUGUAUCGGGCACCUACGAAGGAGGCCAAACAACUAGACUUGGAGAAGUCUCGUAAAUUAUCGGAUUACCAGUUAGUUGUGUGGAAGGUGGAUGAUCCAGAGGAUCCUCGUAAUUGGUCUAAUGGCUACCGAUGGUAUCUCACAUUCGUAGUGGCUUGUUCAGUCAUUGCCUGUGCCUUUGGUUCCGCUAUCGUUACUGGCGACUUCCGCGACAUAGAACAUGAAUUUCAUGUUAGCGAAGUCGUUGUAGCACUUAGUGUUUCCCUCAUGGUCGUCGGAUUCGGUAUCGGUCCCCUGGCCUGGUCUCCUUUGUCGGAGCUCUAUGGUCGGAAGCUUUUGUUGGCGUCAUCGUUCUGGAUAUAUGUCAUAUUUAACAUUCCAUGUGCGGUCGCCAAGAAUAUCGGCACAUUGCUCGUUUGCCGCUUUUUCUGUGGUAUUUUUGCAAGUGCUCCUUUGACACUCGCUGGUGGCGUUAUCAGCGAUAUCUGGGACAACAAUGAAAGAGGUUUCGCUAUUGCGAUUUUUGCUGCUGCUCCCUACGGUGGACCAGUGGUAGCACCACUCGUUGGUGGAUUCAUCGGGGAACAGAUUGGCUGGCGUUGGCUUUUCUGGGUCAAUAUGAUCCUUGCCGGCGUUUGUGCCGUUCUGGUCACCAUCAUGCCCGAGACAUACGCGCCUGUAUUGCUUCGGAAGCGAGCGGCCAAGAUGCGCAAAGAGACCGGUCAUUACAAUAUUGUGACGGAGCAGGAAAUGUUCCCUCGACCGUUUAGUGAGAUUCUGGUCGAGACUUUGGUCAGGCCUUUCCAAAUGCUGGUGACCGAACCCAUUCUGCUCUUAAUGUCCCUCUAUAUCUCCCUCAUCUACGGUCUCCUUUACGCGUUCUUCUUCUCCUUCCCUGUCGUCUUCGGGGAGGGAUAUCACUUCAGCGACGGGAUCGUCGGUGUCACAUUCUGUAGUGUCCUGAUAGGCCUUGCAUUGGCCUUGCUUGUCACUCCUCGACUGGAGAAGUUCUACGCCAAGAAAGUUGAGGAGGGUGGUGGCAAAGCGGAUCCUGAAGCCCGACUUCCAGGGAUGAUGUUAGGCGCACCCUUUGUUCCAAUCUCUCUCUUCAUCUUCGGUUGGACGGCACCUCCAUACGUCAUGCCUGGAGGGGGUAACUGGGUUGGUCCAUGUAUAUCUGGUAUUCCCUUCGGUUUCGGAAUGGUGGUCAUUUAUUUUGCCGCCAACGCAUAUUUGAUCGACGCCUUCCCGGCCUAUGUCGCGUCCGCACUCGCUGCCAAGGUCGUUGUUCGAAGUGGCAUGGGUGCUGCCAUGCCGCUAUUCAUCACCCAGAUGUUCCAUGGCCUAGGAAAUGGUUGGGCAGCGUCUCUGUUGGCUUUCCUCGCACUUGCAAUUUGCCCCAUCCCUUUCUUGUUCUAUAAGUACGGUAAAUCCAUCCGUGCUCGUUCGAAGCGUGCGGCGUAAGCCACCAUAUAUUCGCAGCUUCAAUCAUCUAUCCAUCUUUCAUCCAUCAUCGAUUCUCAAUACUCGAGUCCACCUUCACUUGCGAUAUUAUCCGCACACCGCAUCGUCC